GCAGGCAUCGGGAGGAGGAGGAAACAUCCUGAUACUCCCCCAGUGUUCUGUGGCCGUGUGAGAGAGCGGAGCUUCGGGCUGGAUGUGUGCGCCUCGGACUCUGGUGGACACACACACACACACACCUGAAAACGUGGACGUGUCUGCGCGCGCGUGUGUGUUAGUGUGUGAGCAUGAAUCACACCUGAGCCUGGGCAUGUAGUUAUCCGGGCUGCUGGGCGUGGGGACGGACGCUGAGGACUUUGUUUGUCUGUGGGAAUAUUGUUGAACUAAAGAAACUUCAGACACAGUCCGGACUUCCACACACGAGGAUGUAAAUCUGGGAACUUUUUGUUUUUCCGCACACAGAGGACUAGUUUUAUUUUCUAACUUUUUUUUUUACGGAUUAUUGACGGAGACGUCUUUACGCACGGAGCACGCACGGACAGAGAGAGGAGGGAGCGAUCAGCUGCAGACACAGAGAACCACCAGACCCCUGAGGUCAUCCAACCGUGGCCUGUCGGCUCUGGUAGGUUUUCGGUAGCGGUGCCUUCGGCUGUGGAAUAGCUAUGACCAACAGCCGUCCAAAGGAGUCAAGAGUGAGGUGGUUCAUGUCAUCAGCGAUCAACAGGCCUGAGCACUGAAAAGGCGGGUGAGGUGGUUGAUGUCACCAGAGAUCAACAGGCCUGAACACUAAACAGACAUGAUGGAGCGGUGGUGGGCGUGGCAGUUUGCCCUGAUCGCCCUGGUAACCGUGUACCUCAGCCCCUCUCUGGGUAAAAACAUGGAGUUCCUCUCCGACACGCUGAUCAACAAUGUGGUGUCCGACCCUCGUACGGGCCGGCUGUACGUCGGCGCCGUCAACUUCCUCUACCAGCUGAAGCCUGACCUUGAGGUCGAGUCCCGCAUUGAGACGGGCCCCAAACGGGACAACCGUCACUGCACGCCGCCCGUCACGGACGCCUGCGAGGAGGCUGUGGACACUGACAACCACAACAAGCUGCUGCUGGUCCAGGGUGCCAAGGACGUCCUGGUGGUGUGCGGCAGCGUCUUCAGAGGCAUUUGCUCUCUGAGGAACCUGAGCAACGUGGAUCAGCUGCUGUACUUCAGCGACACCAAAGGAGAGAAGUCGUACGUGGCGAGCGCCGAGGAGAGCGUCUCCGUGGUGGGAGUGAUGUCGUACUUCACCAAGGACAGAGACAACUUCACCGUGUUCCUGGUCGGUAAAGGCUACGGCAGCCACGACAGCACCAAGCUGAUCUCCACCCGCAUCCUCCAAGACUACGGCGACUGGGUGGUGUUCGACAGCAUCAUCGAAGCCUCGGCGGUCCAGGCCAACCCCUUCGUGCUGCGCUACCUCCACGACUUCCGCUUCGCCUUCAAGGACGGCGGCUUCGUGUACUUCCUGUUCUCGCGGACGCUCGGGGUUCAGGACAACAAGAACUUCACCUUCAUCUCCAGGAUGUGCGAGGACGACCAGGGUUACUACUCGUACACCGAGCUGCAGCUCAACUGUAGCGCCACAAACAAGUACAACAAAGCUCAGGCUGCUUAUGUGGCUACACCAGGUGAAGUUCUGGCUCGGAGUAUGACUAAAUCAGGCCAGUAUGGACACGUUUUAGCCGCUGACAAGGUGUUGUUUGUCACCUUCACUUCUGAUGAAGACCCGUCUACAUCCGCCAUGUGUAUGUACCCUCUGAGCUCUAUUAAUAAAAGGCUGGUGGAGAUAAUAGGAGCCUGUUACAGCGACAACGGCAUCAUUAACGAGAGGGUUGCUGUCUACUCGCCUUACUCCUCCAAGUCUGAAGAGCUGUGCAGCAGCAAUAAUCAGAAAAACAUGGCCAUCAGGUACAAGUGUGGAGCCGAGUUCCUGCCCUCUCCGAUGGCCAGCAAGGCUGAGUUCGCCCUAACCGCCGAGCCCCCAUUGGUCCGUAAGGGUCACAUGAGCGCUGUUGCCGUGGCGGUGGAAAUGGGGCACGCCGUGGCGUUUGUGGGCACCGCCACAGGAGAGGUGCUGAAGGUUCACCUGUCGAACCAUUCCGAGGUGUACGGGCGAGCGCCGGGCGAAAUCACCGGAGACAAGGUCAACAAGAACCUACUGUUCGAUUCCAGCCACCAACACCUGUACAUCACCACGGAGAAAAAGAUCACCAAGGUUCCAGUCCAGGCCUGCCACCUGAAAACAGACUGCCACUCCUGCGUCUCCAUGAAGGAUCCGUACUGUGGCUGGUGUGUCCUGGAGGGAAAGUGCACCAGGAAGCAGGAGUGCAGCAGGUCCGCGGAGAAAAACACCUGGCUGUGGUCACCUGAUCAGAAGUGCGUUCAGAUCGAUUCCUUCAACCCGCCGAACCUCAGCUGCAAGAAGACGCAGCAGAUUGACAUCCACAUUCCCGACCACCCCCCGCUGAGGCCCAGUGACAGCCUGCAGUGCGUCUUCGGCUCGGUCAGCAGCAUCGCCGUGAUCAACACGGCCAGUCAGGUCGUGGUCACCUGUUCGCUGCCCGAAACCUGGGACAUCCCGCCCACCCCCGAGCAGCAGGAUUACGUGUCCGUCCCGGUGAAGGUUCUGGUGAACGACCGAAUCGAGGUGACGUCUGGAGAGUAUCACUUCUACAACUGUGCUGCUACAGUCAGGAAGAACCAAAACACACCGUGUAUCGCCUGCGUGACCAGUGAAUGGGGCUGCCAGUGGAACGCUCAGGAUCACAGCUGCAGCGACAGAGACGAUCGCGUGGACGGGGAGCACAUCGUUAAACCGCAGCAGUCUGCCAGCUGUCCUCAGUUUGAGUCUCCGGUGCCGGAUUUAAUCCCUGUUGGUUACGAAAUCCCGAUCAACUUCCAGGGCAGAAACCUGGACAUCUACAUGGGCCGGAGGUUUACCAUCGGGACGGAGCUGAUGAAACACACAGACAAGGAGGUCAUACAGGAGCAGGGGUCAAAGUUCAAAUUCACAGGUUAUGAGUUCACCUAUGACAAGAAGCAGGAGGUGAACGUAUCGUUCCAUAUCAAGGAGAGAGACACUGAGAGGAAGAUUGACAGCACCCUGACAGUCAAGCUGUAUAACUGCUCGGUGGGAAGAGAAGACUGCAGUCUGUGCAAACACGCCGACGCCGCCUAUCAGUGUGUUUGGUGCGCAGCGACACGUUCCUGCGUUUACCGGGAGCUCUGCACGUCACCGCAACCGGCGCAGUGCCCCAACCCCGAGAUCACAGACAUCAUCCCUCACUUCGGCCCUCUGAACGGUCGGAUCUCGGUGACCAUCAAAGGCUCCAACAUGGGAAUAAAGAAGGAAGACAUCAAGAAGAUCACCGUGGCCGGAGUGGACUGCGUUCACCAGGUGGACAGAUACUCCGUCUCUACCAGUGUGGUUUGUGAGAUCGGUCCGGCAAAGCGAGCUCCACCGUCCGACAUCCCGUCUGAACCGACCAACAGCGGAGCCGUGGAGAUAGAAGUGGAGGGCGAGAGACGGGGGACAUCCCAGGUCAUCUUCACCUAUCGGGACCCCAAACCAAACAAAGUCCACCCAGCGAAGGGUCCAGCGGCCGGAGGAACCGUGAUCACCAUCGAGGGAGAACACCUCGACACUGCAACCAAAGACGACGUCGCCGUGACUGUUGGGACAGUUGCCUGUGAAGUCCUGUCGUUUGGCAAAAGGAUCACCUGUAAGACCGGGAGGUAUCGCGGGCAGAAGGUACCCUCUGAAUCGUUAACAGUGACGGUGAGAUACGGUAGAAACACCACCAAAGACGUCCCAGCUGCAUACCUUUACUCUGAAAACCCCAAGAUCAUAGAUUUUAAGCCCAAGAGCAGCUUCUUGUGCGGUGGUCGAAAGAUUGAGGUGGUGGGAAGUGGUUUCGACCUGAUCCAGAGAGCCACGAUGAAAGUCCUGCCCUCCACUGACGAGUUUUCACAGAACACCCGUCCUGUCGAGUUUGUCCAGGAGGCUUUCAGUAAGAACGACACCACCCUCUAUUUUCUCUCUCCGCCCGUCAACUGCUGCCACGACAUCCAAUCUCUCCGGACGGUCCUCCACUUGGACAACGUGAUGGAGGAUCUGAAGGGCUUCGACUACCACCCCAACCCCAGCUUCAACCAGCUCGCCAAGAACGUCAUCACGGAGACCAGCAUCAUCAUCGUGACUGGUCGAGGGUUCUCCAAGGCGAUGACGGCCAAAGAGGCUCAGGCGUAUGUCGGAGAUGCUUUGUGUCACGUUAACAUACUGCAGGAUGAUAAGUUGAUCCUGGAGGCUCCUUCAACGCAACCAAAAUCCAGGUCCAAACGCCAACGCAGAGACACGACCAACAACCUGCUGGACCUAGUGGUGCAGUUCGGUCACGGCGAGUGGCUGGUGGGUUCAGUCUACUACGCCAGAAAAGACGACAUCCCUCUGGUUAUAAUCAUCCCAGCAGUUAUUGUACCGAUGCUGCUCUUCAUCGCCGUGUCCGUCUACUGCUACAGGAGGAAGAGUCAGCAGGCCGAACGAGAGUACGAGAAGGUGAAACAUCAACUGGAGAAUCUGGAGGAAAGUGUCCGAGAUCGCUGCAAGAAAGAGUUCACAGACCUGAUGAUCGAGAUGGAGGACCACACCAGUGACCUGAGCGAGGCCCGGAUCCCCUUCCUGGAUUACAAAAACUACACCGACAGGAACUUCUUCCUGCCCUCCAAGGACGGCGCCAACGAAGCCAUGAUCACAAGAAAAAUACAAAUCCCAGAAGCCCGUCGGGCCAUCGUGGCUCAGGCGCUUAACCAGUUCUCCAACCUGCUGAACAGUAAAACGUUUCUCAUCAACUUCAUCCGCACGUUGGAGAGCCGUCCGGACUUUAACGCCCGUGCUCGCGGUUAUUUCGCCUCCCUGCUGACGGUGGCGCUGCACGGAAAGCUGGAGUACUACACGGACAUCAUGAGGACGCUGCUGCUGGAGCUGAUGGACGAACACGUGCAGAACAAAAACCCCAAACUCAUGCUGAGGAGGUCGGAGACGGUGGUGGAGAGGAUGCUUUGUAAUUGGAUGUCCAUCUGUCUGUAUCAGUUCCUCAGGGACACGGCAGGAGAACCUUUAUACAAACUGUUCAAGGCCUUGAAGCACCAGGUCGAGAAGGGACCGGUGGACGCCAAGAUGAAGAAAGCCAAGUACACUCUGAACGACACGGGUCUGCUGGGAGACGACGUCGAGUACUCCGUGCUGACUCUCCAGGUGUUGGUGCACGGCGAGGGACCAGAUGUGACUCCGGUGAAGGUGUUGAACUGUGACACCAUCUCCCAGGUGAAAGAGAAGAUCAUCGAUCAGGUGUACAGAAAUCUGCCGUACUCGCAGAGACCAAAGGUGGAGAGUGUCGCACUCGAGUGGCGUCCUGGGUCCACGGGUCAGAUCCUGUCAGACCUCGACUUGACCUCCCAGAAAGAAGGACGCUGGAAGAGACUCAACACGCUGGCUCAUUACAACGUUCGAGAUAACGCCACGUUGGUUCUGUCCAGAGUUCUGCACACACAGUCCUUCCACCAGCACCAAGACAGCUACGAAGAGAAAAACUCUCUGCUGGAGGACGACAACACGUUCCACCUGGUGAGACCUGCGGACGAGAUCGACGAGGUGAAGUCGAAGAGAGGCAGCAUGAAGGACAAGGCGAUGACUAAAGCCAUCACGGAGAUCUACCUGACCAGGCUGCUGUCCGUCAAGGGCACUUUGCAGCAGUUCGUGGACGACUUCUUCCGCAGCGUGUUGUGUUCGAGCUCCAUCGUCCCUCCGGCCGUCAAGUACUUCUUUGACUUCUUGGACGAGCAGGCGCUGAGACACGACAACGUGGACGAGGAGACGCUGCACAUCUGGAAGACCAACAGCUUGCCUCUGCGGUUCUGGGUGAACAUCCUGAGGAACCCCCACUUCAUCUUCGACGUCCACGUGACGGAGGUGGUGGACGCCUCGCUGCACGUCAUCUCUCAGACCUUCAUGGACGCCUGCACCAAGUCGGAGCACAAACUCAGCAGAGAGUCUCCCAGCAACAAGCUGCUCUAUGCAAAAGAGAUUUCAACGUACAAGAAGAUGGUGGACGAUUACUAUAAGGGCAUCAGACAGAUGGUUCCAGUCAGUGACCAGGACAUGAACACACACCUUGCUGAGGUGUCCAGGCAACACACAGACAAGCUGAACACCCAGGUGGCCUUACAUCAGCUGUACCAGUACGCCAGCAAAUACUACGAUGAUAUCAUCCAGUCGCUGGACGAGGACCCAGCUGCCCAGAAUAAACAGCUCACCCUCCGCCUCCAACAGAUCGCCGCCGCCCUGGAGAACAAGGUCACCGACCUUUGACCUCUGACCUCACGGAGAGGGGGUCAAGGGGGAGGUGCUAACGGCUACUAAAACACAGGAUGUUGUUUUUCCAUUUAAAGACUCAAAAAAAAAGGAGGACGAGCUCGUGGACUCUUACCGAAUGUUUGACCAUGUAGGGACUGAAGUGGGAGGGGCUAGUGGAAGCCACAGGAAGCUGUUGACCACAUAAGGACUGAAAGGGGAGGUGUGCAGGAGGAGUUAUGGGACUCCAGGAAGGGAGAUUUUGGACAAAUUAAGUGUUAAAACAUGCCCGGAGUGGUGGAAACUGAAGCGCUGACAUCUACAUCUAUAACAGUUUGUACGGCUUACUUCCACUCGGCAUCCCAAAACAAAUACCAAGGAGGUAUGCGAAAUGGCGACUUUAAUGAGGCUGUGGACGGGCGUUCUGUGAAAUCAAAGGGUUAUUUUUGUAAUGGUAGUUAGGGCGUUCGGUUUGUGUAAUCCUGGGACUUAGCUGUUUAUGUGUUUGGCUUCUGUACGCCACAAAUUUUAAUUUUACCACGUAAGAACAAAAAGAAAAAAGUGCCACACCAGGAAUGAAGAUUUUUUUUGGGGGGGAGGGGGUAAAUGAAGAAUAAUAGAAGUUACCAAAUAUUUCUCUUUGGCGACACAACACUUUUCCCUUUUUUUUUGGAAGUGCGGAUUGGACAUACGGCUGCUCCAGGACGCGUUGUGACCACUUUUUAAAAGCAGCUGUGGACAUACGAGCUUCUAAUUCCUGAUCUGAGGUCAAUUUCCUUGCCUCCACAUUAAAUCUGAUCUCUUGUCAGCAACAGUUUUCAUCCCAAAGCCUGAAAAAAAAUCGCUUGGAUGAACUUUCUCCAUCAUGCGACCUCAAGUAAAAAAAAAAAAAAAAUCAACCAAUGAAAACCCACUAACGGUACGCACCACUGGCCAAUCAGGGGUAUUGUUUGGAUAUUGUUUGGAUGGCACAACUGAGGAGAGUGAAUUCAGGGUACGAUGAGUUAAGUCCAAAAAAAAUCAUGGCCUAAUGUCGUUUUUCGUAUCAGAUUAUCUGCAGUGUUCGUUUCUACGCUGAUGACACUAUGCUUGUCACUGGAAUCACAGCUCUGUUUAAUUAUUAUUCUUUGUAUGCAGGCUUUAAGCAGAGGCACUGCAUUUUCCAUAUACAACAAGAAAUCGAUCAUUUUAAUGCACUGACAGAGUGCCACUUUUUCUUUUUUUAAAGCGUUCAUCAGGGUGGUCCAUAUCUUGUGCGUACGUAUGAGUGGAAGGACCGUCUUGUUUUUACUUUCUGUGAAGAAUCAUGACUGCCUAAAUCAUGUGGUCAAAACAGCCAAAACACUUUUAUCUUUAAGUUUUGUUUUUGUUUUUUAUAAUCUGUGUAAUUUCACUUUCUUUUGCAAUACUCCCUUCAUAUAUAUAUGAAUGCUGCAUUUUUUUUUUUUAAUGUUUUUCUGUGUAACUGCGCACAUAAGAGGAAAAAAAAGUGUCUUCUGAAGACAGGGUAUCCUACAAAAAAAGGCUUAAAAUGAAUCUAAAAUGAAGAUCAAUGAAGCCCCGUUUGUCCAGUGCUAAUGUUCUUAGAGCUGCAAGAUUACAAAGAAAUACGCAUCCAAUGCGACAGGACACAGUUUGACUUGAAUUUACAACGGUACAUACGUUUAAAACACACAGCCAAAACUCUGGAUUAUCAUGUGAAAGAUUAAGAAUGUAUAAAAACAAAUCAAACAAUGAAAUAAAGUAAACUACAAUCCCAAAA